CUCCGAUCCCAAUGUCGUUGUCCUUGCCAUAAAGAGGAAGGGCACGUCUCAGCUAUUCUCACACUCUCUCACUUACUCGCUUUCGGUUUUCCACAGAGACAACAAUGUCGACUCUGAUUGUUCCGGCACAGGUUCCCUCCGUCGCCGACGACUGUGAACAACUUCAAAAAGCCUUCAAAGGAUGGGGAACAAAUGAGGGUUUGAUAAUAUCCAUUUUGGCUCAUAGAAAUGCUGCUCAACGCAAGUUAAUCCGACAGACUUAUGCUGAAACUUAUGGAGAAGACCUCCUCAAAGCACUAGAGAAGGAACUUACGAAUGAUUUUGAGAGGUUGGUACUGCUCUGGACACUUGAUCCUCCUGAACGUGAUGCAUUUUUGGCUAAUGAAGCCGCAAAGAGGUGGAAAUCAAGCAAUCUGGUUCUGGUUGAAAUAGCUUGUACAAGGUCUUCACAUGAACUGCUUUUGGCAAGGCAAGCUUAUCAUACUCGUUUCAAGAGAUCCCUUGAAGAGGAUGUCGCAUAUCACACAACUGGUGACUUCCGCAAGCUUUUGGUACCUCUUGUGAGCUCGUAUCGGUAUUCGGGCGACGAGGUGAACAUGACUCUUGCGAAAUCCGAGGCUAAAAUACUCCAUGAGAAAAUUGGGGAUAAGGCUUGCAACCAUGAUGAUGUCAUCAGGAUUCUGACUACAAGGAGCAAAGCACAAAUCAAUGCCACUCUGAAUCAAUACAAAAAUGCAUUCGGGGUUGAUCUAAACAAGGAUUUGGAAGCUGACCCCAAGGAUGAGUUCCUUGCAAUACUAGGAGCCACUGUGAAAUGCUUGACCUACCCUGAGAAGUAUUUUGAGGAGACUCUUCGGCUCGCAAUCAACAAGCUAGGAACAGAUGAAGGUGCUCUCACUAGAGUCAUCGUUACAAGGGCUGAGUUCGACAUGAAGAUUAUCAAGGAUGAGUACCAGAAAAGGAAUAGUGUCCCCCUAGAUCGCGCCAUUGCCAAGGAUACCAAGGGAGACUAUGAGAAAUUGCUCCUGGCUCUAAUCGGACAUGAAGAUGCUUGAAACAGGCUUAAGCUGUUCUACCAUAUUUUGCUUGUGUUCCUGGCAAAUAUAUAUGCCACCCUGCUUUUGUUAGUGAACUACGUCCUGCCAUGGACAGCCUUGUAGUUGUCUUUGUGUGUGUGUCGGUUUUCUUUUUCUUUUUCUUUUUCUUUUCCUUUUCCUUUUUUUUUUUU